CGGUGGCGGCAGACAGAGGAAGCAGCAGACCGCUCGGCUCGGCUCGGCUCGGUGUGAACGGAACUGUGAACGUUAGCUCCGGUGCCCUCACGGAAUUAACCCGGUGGCGAGGGGGAGCAUCAUGGCGACGCUGGGACCGGACUCCGCGGCUCGUCCUCCGCUCGGUUCUCCUCCGUCGACCCAGAACGUGCCUCCGAACCGCGGCUUGGAAAGAUCCCUGGAGGAGGCGGCGGCCAGCGGCGUCCUCAACAUCUGCUCCCGGAAACUGAAGGAGUUCCCCCGGACCGCGACUCAGCACGACCUGAGCGACACGGUGGAGGCAGACUUGUCAAAGAACCGACUGACAGACGUCCCCUCAGAGGUCUGUCACCUGGUGGCCCUGGAAACACUCAACCUGUAUCACAACUGCAUCAGGACCAUCCCAGACGGCAUCAUCACCCUGCAGUCCCUCACCUCCUUAAACCUCAGUCGUAAUCAGCUGGGCUCCCUGCCGGCCUGUCUCUGUGGUUUACCUCUGAGGGUCCUGAACGCCAGCAACAACAAGCUGGUCAGUCUGCCAGAGACCAUCAGACAACUGCACAACCUCAUGGAGCUGGACAUCAGCUGUAAUGAGAUCACGGCUCUUCCUCGUCACAUCGGCCGACUCAAAGCUUUACGAGAACUCAACGUUCGUCGGAACCUCCUCUGCGUCCUGCCAGAGGACCUGGCUGAUCUUCCUCUGGUGAAGUUUGACUUCUCCUGUAACAAGGUCUCCACCAUCCCAGUGUGUUUCAGGAAGAUGAAGCAGCUUCAGUCGCUCCAGUUAGAAAACAACCCGCUGCAGAGUCCACCCGCACAGAUCUGUUUGAAGGGGAAAGUUCACAUAUUCAAGUACCUGAGCAUGGAGGCGUGUCGCAGUGAGAAGAUGCCCGACGCGCUCUACCUGCCCGCCAUCGAGCGACUCAGCCUAUCACGGCCCAGCACCGGCAGUGUGGAGGACAUGGAGCAGCAGAAGAAGCAGGACAGCGACUCAGGAGUCGGCAGCGACAACGGAGACAAGAGACUGUCUGCUACCGAGCCGUCGGACGAGGACAGUCUGAGUCUCAAUGUGCCGAUGAGCCACAUCACAGAGGAGGAGGGGAUCAGUAGAGACGACUCCAGUGAGCACAUCAGCUGCUUGACAGCAGAUCCACACUCGGACUCGGUGCGUCUGAUCGAGGAGAGUCCCACCGAGGCCCUGAAGGACCCGUUCGGCUACAGAGACUCGGCUCUAAGCACUCGCUUCGUCAACUACAUCAAGGGUCGGUCGGCAGCGGACUUCGACGAGCCCCUCAGGAUAGAAGAAGACUCACCGUGGCAAACAAGACAAACGUCCAAGGUCCCCGGGGGCACGGAGCUCCACAUCGACAUGAUCAACCAGCUGCAGGAGGCGGUGGAGCUGCUGCAGGAUCCCAGCAGAGCGACCACGGAGCAGGACCAUGUGUCUGGAGUCCGGCUCUACCCGGUGGAGCUGGUCACAGUGGACGAGUCCCUCAAUGGUCAGGACAGCGAUGACGGCUCCACCACACCAAAGCGACCUGCAGCCGGUGGACACCCGUCCUCCUGCAGUCCCCCGUUUGGACUGAAGCCCCGGUCAGUGUUCCUGCGGAGCCACAAGAGUCUGGAGUCUGUGGAUCCUCAGUUCACCAUCAGGAGGAAGAUGGAGCAGCUGAGAGAAGAGCUGGAGCUCAUGGAGCAGCUCAGAGACAGCAUCGAGAGCAGACUGAAGGUCGUCCUCCCUGAAGACCUCGGCUCGUCCCUGAUGGACGGCGUGGUGCUCUGUCAUCUGGCCAAUCACAUUCGUCCUCGCUCAGUCGCCAGCAUCCACGUCCCCUCGCCUGCAGUGCCCAAACUCAGCAUGGCCAAGUGUCGGAGGAAUGUGGAGAACUUCCUGGACGCCUGCAGGAAGAUCGGUGUCUCUCAGGACCACCUGUGUCUCCCUCACCACAUCCUGGAGGAGAAGGGUCUGAUGAAGGUGAGCGUCAUGGUGCACGCUCUGUUGGACCGGGCCUCCCCCAAACACGCCUUCCUGACGUGAGCCAGCAGAGAGGGGCGGAGCUUCCACCGACCAACACGCUCAACAGACGCACGCCGGUAUCGACCCGCCGACGCUCUGGCGCCACCUCGAGGCCGCUCUGCCUCCUCCCAGUAACAGAGUGUUUUAUUAUAUUCAAGGAUGCAAAAUGGUUUUAAACGAACUAAACUGAUUUAUUUACUAAUUCACACGAGGGAACUUCUGGGUGAAUCAGAAUCUAACAAGCAGAUUGAUGGAAGAGCCCGUGUCUGAUUGGACGAUGUAAACCAAUCACUUCUUCAGGUAAACACGAGAAACACAAACAGCUGAAGGUUAAAAAUACAACAACGAUCAAGGACUGUUUAUGAAGAUGGAAGAUUCCUCUUCCUCCCACUGAACAGACAUGAAGCCAAAUUAUUUCAGAUGUGGAGACUGACGUCAUUUAAAGUUUUGCCAAAGUCUCUAAAUAUCAGGAAAUUAAUUAUAACCAAACUUAUCACAAACAUGAAAUAUUUAUUUAUGUUGUAUUUAGAUUUAUUCAGUUUGAUCCAGGUCCUAUGUUCUAACAUGGAGGAGGCGGGUUUAUACCACCGCCGCCCAGCAGGCGGAGAUCCAGAUGUUUGGCUUCAUGUCGUCCAUCUUGUUUUCCAGUCUACACCAGGACCAGUAUCAGGGCCACUGGGGAAACUUCUCAAUAAUAAAUUCUAAAUUAUUUUGAGGGGAAAAGUUAAAUUUCGAUAAAACUCUGAAAAGACCGAUCAUAUUUCAUUUUCUUAGUAUAAUGCCAUAAUAUCUUUUAUAUUUCUUUUCAUUGGGUUUUCAUGAUAUGAUGUAUUGUUCUUUCAAAUUGUCUCAAUGCGUUCCAAUUAUUCACAACGUGGCCCUAGUACUCUGCGAUAAUUACUUUUAAAUGUGGCAUUAAAUCUAAACGAGCACUUUGUCUUUUUUAACAUUUAGUCUGAAACAAACUUUCUUCUUUCACCCGAUCGUGUCCUGAGGAGAAUUAAACCAAACCAGUUUGAACAUAGAGGCAGAACAAUUUUAGCCACAAUUCUAUUUAAAGAAAAACAUAUUUAUGAUGUAAAGAGAAGCUGAUGAGUUGUUGUAAACAUCCCAAAAAUAUUUUUCUCUAAUGUAUUUUAGGUAAAAGUCUUUGUUUUAUAAAAGUGUCUCUGCAGCCGAGUCUCCACUUCGUGUUUCUGAUCUUUGUCUUGAAUCUAAAGUUCGUUCACUGAGAGAAACGUUCAUCAAAUAUCAAACAGCAGCUUCUCAUCCAACAACUUUCAUUUGCUUCUCGUGUCUCGAUAGUCAUGUCCUGACCAUCGAGCGUCGAGUCUGAACAUCGUGAAGAAGCCGCUCAGUAAAUCUGAUGAAACACUUUUUUCCUCCAACGCGAUCGGAGCAGAAAUAAAACGUAACAUUUACACUGGAGCCGGAGACGUCGCCAUUGUUCCUCCGUUCCUCUUCCUGUCGCCAACAUUACCCAGAGUUCAGUGAUGUGAUGAAUCGGCCUCCGGGGGCAGCAGCCGACAUGUAGCUGCCUCCGGUGUCGACCGACUCUGGAGUCGUGAGUUCAGAUAAACUCUCGCUCGGCCAGAUUCAAAGUUAAAGAGAAAACCUCCUGCUUGUCUACACGUGUCCACUAGGUGGCAGAAUUCAUCGUACGUUUCACAGUUGCCAAAACAUUUUUUCUCUCUUGUGAUAGUUUUUUUAUUUAAAUGUACAUAUUGUUUAUCACAAGUAUUUCCUGUUGUUGAAUUAAUAUUCAGUAUUUCCUCAUGUUCUGUAUAUUUCAAAUCCAAAAAGAAUUUCAACACUAUCGCAGCUCGGAGAAACACAGGCACACCGCGUCGUAAACAUGGUUCAUAUAUCCGAUAAUAAAUUAGCAUCUGGUAAAAGUAUUAUGUUUUUUCUUUUGACUAAAAUCUGUAGUUCAUUUUUAUUAAAUCUUGAACUCCUGCGGAAGUCAAAGUCAAAACCAUCGACUGAAAGCAGACGUCGACACGUCUCCACUGACACACCAGUGUCUCCUGGAAAAACCAGUGAGAUAAGAACGGCCUAAAACCACAGAAACCAUCUCUGACGUCUCGAUUCUUUUGUGUUUGGUCCGUGUCCCAUCUGCGAACAUGGAGGAGGAGGGUCAUGACGUGUCCUGCAGCCAGGGGGCGACAGGGUGGAGUUUCAUGUCGUCCAUCUUCUUUAGUCUGUGGUUAAAUAUCAGGAUCAUCGUGGUGAGACGAGCUGAAAGUGAAAUAACGACGUCACUUAGAUUUUCUGUAAAUCUGUUUCCACGUCUACGUUUUCUACGUUUCUCAGAUUUCACUGACGUAUCCUCGGAGUUUUGGGGAAAAGCAAUAGAAUCAACUGCUUCCUCCCACAGAAUCUGCACUUUAAACUUUUAACUUCUCUAUUUAUAUCUUUGUUUUGGCAACUGAGAAAAUCUUCACUCAUCUAAAAUCUGAAGCGAAGGAUCAAACUUUUACGAAUGUGACGCUGAUGUAAAUUGUGUAAAUGUGGUGUGAAAAUCCUGCUGAACACAAAGCAGAGUUGUUUCCUGUUUUUUGUAAAUACAGUUGUAAACUGUCCAGAAACGACCUGCGCUCACAUUUUUCUACUUUUCUGACCAGGAGGGAAUUUAUUUUUGGGGUUUGUUGAGAUUUUGAUGUAACGCACCCUUUUGUAACUCUCUGUGAGCCUUUUGUGUAAUUUGUUGUACAGCAACUGAUUUAAAUGCAUGAAAUGUCCCUUUAAUGUCGCCUUAACUGCUGUGAAUACUGUAAAUACUGUAAGUGUUUCUCAUCACUUCAUCAGUAAAGACCUCAUCUGUCAAACGA